AUGUCUUUCACUGCUGCCUUUCCCGAAAUUGGAAACAGUGGGCGUUUCGUCUUUGAGGUGAGCAGCAUCCUAGCUGGCGGAAAGUCAGGCGGUGGAGACUUUACGAACCACAAGGGCUCCGCGAUGCUUUCCCUCUCUUCAGCCGACGCCAUCUGCAACGAGCUGGACGGCGGCGAUGGCGCCAGCAGUGGCGGC